UCUUCCUCAUCUUCCUCCUCCACAUCCUCCAUCGAUUCCUCCUCUUCCAUCUCUUAUGCCUCCUCCUCCUUCUCCUCCACCUCUUCCGACUCUUCCUCCUCUUCCUCCAACUCCUCCUCCUCCUCAUCUUCAUCCUCCUCCUCCUCCUCCUCAACCUCUUCCAUCUCUUCCUCCUCCUGCAACUCAUCCUCCCCUUCCUCCUCUUCCAUCUCUUCCUCCUCCUCCACCUCUUCCAUCUCUUCCUCCAUCUCUUCCUCCUCCUGCAACUCAUCCUCCAUCUCUUCCUCCUCUUCCAUCUCUUCCUCCUCCUCCACCUCUUCCAUCUCUUCCUCCAUCUCUUCCUCCUCCUGCAGCUCAUCCUCCCCUUCCUCCUCCUCCACCUCUUCCAUCUCCGCCUGCUCCUGCAACUCAUCCUUCUCUUCCACAUCUUCCUCUUCAUCCUGUUCCUCCCACUCCUGCAGUCACACCUCAUUAAAACUUUCUGCUUUAGUGUGA